AAAGAAAAAACAAAACAAAACAAAAGGUAUUAAGCAAAUAAGAAAAAUAAGAAAGCAAAAAUUGCGUGUAAGGGAGUCGAACCCGCUACCGUGGCAACAGCUAGCCACUACAAGUUACUAGGAGAACCACUGGACCAAGUUGCAUUAUAUGCAAUUAUUGCACGCGUUUUUAUUUUAACCUGUUGUAAAAAUCUGUUUGACAUUAUAAGUAAAAAAAAUCCGAUUUUUUUUUUGGUGGGGCACGUGCCACCCAGGACCCUUAAUAGGUCCGCCCCUGCUUGGGCACUUAUAAUUCUAGCACAAUUAAUUGCAAAAUGAAUAACCUUUUAGUUUUCUUCACUUUUUCUCUCUUGGUGUGUCUCUCUCAUGCAAUAGAAGUUGAUUUUUGUGUGGCAGAUCGUAGUCUUCCAAGGGGAUCACAAGGAUAUGCUUGUAGAGAUCCUGCUACUCUAACAACAGAUGACUUUGUUUACACGGGCUUCCGUGGUGGCAGAACGAUCACAAAUGUACCUGGAAACAACGUAACUCUAGCAUUUGUUGAUCAAUUCCCGGCUUUGAAUGGUCUAGGUAUUUCUAUGGCAAGGUUAGACUUUGGUGUCGGUGGAGUUAUACCUGUACACUCACACCGAAGAUCAGAAGUUAUAAUCGUGUCAAGAGGGUCAAUAAUUGCGGGAUUCAUUGACACAAACAACACUGCAUACUACAGAAGACUUGAGGUUGAAGAUGUUAUGAUUUUCCCACAAGCCAUCCUUCAUUUCCAAGUUAAUGUUGGUACAACCCCAGCUACCGCAUUUGUUAGUUUGAAUGGCGCAAACCCAUCAAUUCAAUUCACUAUGAACUCCUUGUUUGGCGGUAACUUACCUGCUGACAUAACUCAACAAAUCACUCUUCUAAGUAAUGCGGAGGUAAUGAGGAUGAAGCGGGCAUUUGGCACUGCUUAAAAUUUUAUUUAAGCUAUCCUUGAUUGAUUACCAAAUCAAUCAAUUUAUUCAUUUACUCAAUAAAUACAUGAUGACACAUGUGUUUCUCAUUUCAGUUAUUUCAUAUUUAUCGCUUUGAGUGUAUAAAGUAUGUCUUGUAGUACAAACACCAAUAAAUAAAAUCAUUCGCUCUAAAAAAAUCUAAACUUCUAUUAUAUAGUCAUUCUAUCACCAUCGAGGAUUAUAUUUUUGUCAUCCCAUCGCACAUUAAACACAACAAGGGUGACAGAAUAUUUGUAGUUUGUUCAAAUACAAACUUGUUUCUUGUUAGUCGUAGGGAUAUAAGCGGAUUGAAAAAAGUUCAGAAUUUAGUCCAAUUCAAUCAAAACCUUUUGGACUACAGUGUACUAAAAAGUUUGAACUAGA